UUCAGUAUUCGCAUCCACUUCGAGAAAGGAAGCUUAUGCCGCUCACUCUUUGGACGUUACACUAUUCCCUUUUCUAGUUUAUACGGUGAACCGUUUCCACAAUGCCUCGCAUUGAGAAUGACAUCAAGCUGGAUUUCAAGGAUGUGCUCCUCCGGCCCAAGCGCAGUACCCUCAAAUCAAGGAGUGAGGUGGACCUGCUGAGGAGCUUCACCUUCAGGAACUCCAAGGGCAGCUACACCGGCAUCCCCAUCAUUGCCGCCAACAUGGACACCGUGGGCACCUUUGAGAUGGCCCGGGCGUUGAACAACUUCACCGUCUUCACCGCUGUCCAUAAGCAUUACUCUGUUGACGACUGGCGGGAGUUUGGGGCCAAGCACCCGGAAUGCCUGGAGAGCGUCGCGGCCAGCACGGGCACCGGCGACGCCGACUUCGAGAAGAUAUCCGCCAUCUUGGCAGCCGUGCCGCAGCUGCGGUACAUCUGCGUGGACGUGGCGAACGGCUACUCGGAGCAUUUCGUGCACUUUGUCAAGGGCGUUCGGCAGAAGUUCCCCUCGCACACGAUAAUGGCAGGAAACGUGGUGACGGGAGAGAUGGUGGAGGAGCUGAUCCUGGCCGGUGCGGACAUCAUCAAAGUGGGCAUCGGACCAGGCUCCGUCUGUACGACUCGCAAGAAGACGGGCGUGGGGUACCCGCAGCUCAGCGCGGUGAUCGAGUGCGCCGACGCAGCCCACGGACUGAAUGGCCACAUCAUCUCGGACGGGGGAUGCACAUGCCCCGGAGAUGUCUCAAAGGCUUUCGGUGCCGGAGCGGACUUCGUGAUGCUGGGCGGAAUGCUGGCCGGCCACUGCGAGAGCGGCGGCGAGACCAUCGAGAAGCUCGGCAAGAAGUACAAGCUGUUCUACGGCAUGAGCUCCGAAGUAGCCAUGAAGAAGCACGCUGGCGUCCUGGCUGAGUACAGAGCGUCCGAGGGCAAGACGGUAGAAGUGCCGUUCAAAGGUCCGGUGGAGGUGACGAUGCGCGACAUCUUGGGCGGGGUGCGCUCCACGUGCACCUACGUGGGGGCGGCCAAGCUGAAGGAGCUGAGCCGCAGGACCACCUUCAUCAGGGUCACCCAGCAGCUCAACACCGUCUUCGGCAACGACGGCUGAAAUCCCGACAGAGUCUUCAACACUGCUCGUAUGGACGCAUACAGUCACACUGCCGUUCCUGCUAUGUUACUCCCACUAGACUGGCAAAUCUGACGCACUAAUGCUUCACUUCCUUACAUCCCUCCAACCUUUUAGUUUGAGGUUUCAGUUUGGACAUCUCGUUCAUCAGAAUGGUCUUUCACAACUUUUAUUGAGCCUAGGCACAUAUUUUAAAUCUCAUGGCACCAAGCCCCUGCAAAAAGUCACAAAAAUGAUACACAGUGAACCCCUGCUCUUCACAGGGGAUAGAGCAGCAGACACUGAAAAUCUGAAAGUAAUUGACAUCCCCACCGAACCAUUUCUAAUCCAUGCCACAAGAUGGCAAAAAUCACUGGGGACAGGACUACUAUUGUCGAAAUGAAUCUCUUCAAGUCACUUCAACAUUAGUCAUUGACACCAAGUUGCAACAAGAUGGCAGCAAAGCACUAUUUUCGUCUGCAUGAACCACCUCAACGCACUUAAACAUUAUAACUUGGCUCCAAGAUGGCGCCAAAGUAAUAUUUUUAUUGCUUUAUCUUGAGCACGAAACCAGCGACGAUGCGGCGUGGGAUUCGCUGUAUACUCAUCUCAAUUUACUCCGAAAUUGACUUACUAAGCGUGUCGUCGGGGACUUUUUAGUUGACCACAAAGCGACAAUUGGACCCUCUGCCAUCUAGUGGCAGAGCGUUUAAUUGUUGGUGGCGCAGAUAGAUGAACAAAGAUACGUUAUUUUUGGUAAAUAAAUCGUAAUUAGUGGACCAAUUACAUGAAACUGGAUCAUAUACGGCAGCACAGUAGUUGCGAAUCAUUGCAUCCGAAAGCUUCAAUGUUGUAUGCAACAAAAUCGUUCUUCAAGGUUCUAAGGGUACAAAAUUAAGGAUGUUUAUAAUUCGAUAAUAAUGUUAUUUUAUUUGUUUUAACUGCGACCAAUCCCAAAGUUAAAUGUAAUUUUUAAUUUAUUUUUUUUAAGUGAUGUACACUUUCGGGUCAUGUUAUUAUUCAUUGUUGCCUUGACAGUAAGUGUUCCUUGUACGGGUUUAUGUCAGGUCACACGAGUGUCUGUUUCAUUCAUGUACAUUACAAUACAGCUGUUCCACUUGC